AUGAGGGAAUGGAUACUAGUGUCUUUGUGCGCAGUGGCAUUUGCGAAACAUGAAACAUACUCUGGAUGGAAGUCAUAUUAUGUGGCUCCAGCUUCUCAAGAACAGCUGUCGAUCUUGGGUUCUCUGGAGAGCAAAUUAGACGUAGAUUACUUCGUCAGACCAAGAGUAGACCGUGAAGGUGUAGCGUUGGUGAAACCUCAAUACCAAGAAGAAUUCCUUAAUGUUCUGGCGAAUGAAGAAAUCUCUCACAGGGUUCACAGUGAAGAUAUCAAAUCACAGCUCGAUAUUGAGGAUGAGCUUAUUGAAGCAAGGCAUGCAGAGUUCCGCGCUAGAAGCACACCGGAAAAACCUUACGACAAUUAUCUUCGAUUAGACGCGAUCUACAAUUACAUGGACGAGGUAGCCGCAAACUACCCCAAUAUUGUCAAGCAAGUAACAGCUGGAAGAUCCUUCCAGGGCCGUCCUAUCAAGUACUUGAAAAUUUCUUCCACCAACUUCGAAGAUAGGUCAAAAUCCAUCAUAUUUGUCGAUGCGACUUUGCACGCCAGGGAAUGGAUCACCCCACCAGCUGCUGCUUAUGCAAUCCACAAGCUGGUUGAAAACAGAACUGAUCCAGAACUUUUGGACAACUUUGACUGGAUCAUCAUGCCUGUGUCUAACCCAGAUGGAUAUGAAUUUUCUCAUACAAAUGAACGAUUCUGGCGCAAAACACGUUCGUUUAAUAUUGAAAAUCUAAUAAGCUUUAUAUGUCGCGGAGUCGAUGGAAACCGGAACUUCGAUAUCCACUGGGGUACCGUAGGAUCCAGCGACGACAUCUGCGCAGAUAACUACGCAGGAUCUGCACCCUUCUCAGAAAUCGAGACCAGACUCGUUCGGGACGUUCUUAAGGAGAACUUGAGCAGAAUGAUUUUGUAUAUCACACUUCAUAGUUACGGAAGCAUGAUUCUGUACCCUUGGAGUCAUGAUGGAAGUCUCUCAAACAAUGCUUUAGGUUUACAUACGGUAGGAAUUGCAAUGGCUGACGCAAUUUUCGCAAAGACCCUCCCAAUCUUUCCAAGAUACACAGUCGGUAAUUCCAUGCUCGUAAUUGGUUAUCCCUCAUCUGGAGCUGCUGAAGACUAUGCCCAUUCCAUCGGAGUUCCUCUGACUUAUACUUAUGAGUUACCCGGUAUUGAACAUGAUUAUGAUGAAGAUGAUGAUGAUGAAGAUGAUGAUGAUUUUGCUAAUGAUGAUCAUCUGAAGGGGUUCCAUCUUGACCCUCAAUACAUCAGGCCUGUUGCUGAGGAGGUUUGGGAGGGAAUUUCUGUAGGCGCGAAGAGAGCAAGAGCAAUUGUAAGUAGAAAAUAA